GGCGUGUUGUUUUAAAAGUAAUUUCUUUAGGAACGAAUGUACAUUUUAUGCACAAAAUCAAUUCUAGACAGUUCUUUUCGUUUGGUGAAUGCGCAGGGCAAGUAGAAUAUUGUACAUACAGACCUGCUGUCGAUCGUUUCCCUUUUAUCCGAGUUAUGUUAUAAGGGUAGUGGGUUUUAAAAGGUGGAAAAGGGGUUAAAUGGAUCGAUUGAAUUGUUAUUUGUGAAACGUUACCUCGACUAAACCUGAAUGGGGGGCUGUUUGUAUCGUCUUAAAAAGAAUGCCGAUAUAUGAAAUUAAUUAAUGACAUUGCAUUUUAAAAAUGUUUUUCGCUUGGAAGAAAUAAUUGGUGAAGUCGUAGAGAGAGGGUGGAUUUUGACAUGGCAAAUACUAACUAUGAGCACAGGCUCAUUCUUCCAGUUCCAAUGCAACACAAUGACUUCAACAUUUGGUCAGUAUUAAAAAAUUGCGUUGGUAAAGAACUUAGCAAAAUUACAAUGCCUGUAGUAUUUAAUGAGCCAUUGAGCUUCCUGCAGAGGAUGUCCGAAUACAUGGAAUAUUCUCAUUUACUUCGUCAAGCUACCGAAGCUUCAGAUCCAUUAACGAGAAUGCAACACGUCGCAGGUUUCGCCGUGAGUGCUCUUGCUGCUAAUUGGGAAAGACUCGGGAAACCGUUCAAUCCCUUGUUAGGCGAAACUUACGAAUUGGAGAGAGAAGAGUUCAGGAUUAUUUGUGAGCAAGUGAGUCAUCAUCCCCCUGUGUCAGCGUUCCACGCGGAGAGCCCGGACGGUAGCUGGGUUUUCCAUGGUUCGAUCCAUCCGAAAUUAAAGUACUGGGGGAAAACUGUAGAGAUACAUCCAAAAGGGAUACUGACCCUUGAAUUUCCAAAAUGGAAAGAGGCCUAUACAUGGACAAACGUUCAGUGCUGUGUUCACAACGUCAUUGUAGGGAAACUUUGGAUAGAACAGUGUGGUACUAUGGAAAUUGUAAAUCAUACUACAGGUCAUAAAGCUCACUUGAAUUUCAAAUCCGCUGGACUAAAUUCAAAAGAUCUUCAUAGAGUCGAAGGAUUUAUAACAGAUAGAAAUAAACAAAAGCUGAGUUAUGUCCACGGUAAAUGGACGGAAUUCUUCAAAUGCGUACAUUAUAAAUACUACGAAGAAUACAUUAGAGAGCAUCCGAAUAAGAUAAAGAAAUUUGGCGAUCAAAAAAGCAGCAACAAAAGCCCAACGGGGGGCUCGCCCUCUCAUACUCCCAAAAAAGUCUUUCAAAAACUGAACAGCUUAACUGUGUCUGCUUUCACAAAAUCCAAUUCAGUUCAAGAGGACUACGAAGACUCUGGUCCAUCCGAUAUUAUAGAAGGAGAACUGCCAAAAAGCGACUCAACGUAUUCCAUUGAUAUUCCAAACUCGAUCACCAUAUGGAAUGUAAAUCCCCGACCUCUUAAUUGUAGUGACUACUACCAAUUCACUUCAUUCGCUAUGUCUUUAAACGAACUGGGACAUGAAUUGGAGAGUAAAAUUUGUAAAACAGAUUCACGAUUAAGACCUGACAUAAGAAAACUGGAACAAGGUGAUAUUGAUGGUGCAGCUGUAGAAAAAACACGAUUAGAAAAUAAGCAAAGGGAAGCGAAUAAACUGCGAAAGGGGAAAAGGGCUGGAAUGGAAUGGACACCAAGGUGGUUUUCGGCUGGUAUCAAUCCUUAUACAAAACAAGAGGAUUGGGUAUGUAAUGGUGAAUAUUGGAACAGGCAGUAUGAUGAAGAUAUAGAUAUAUUUUAAUUAUUUAUCUUUAUUUUUAUGUCGUGUAGACGCUGCAUGUUUGCUACCUAAUAUAAUACAGCUCAAACAAAUUUAUUUUUAAAUAUCAGAUGCUAAAUUUUAUUAACUAAAAAAUUAAGUAUCUACUACCCAACUAAAAGUCUUUGAAAUGUUCUUUAUUUUGGUAAAACAAUUUAUUUAAUAUUUUAAAGCCAAAUACAUUAACAUUAAAAUGAUAAAGCAAUAAUAGAUUUCGUCAAAAGACAUCGAAACUAUCAUUUGCUUCUUUUUAAUAAGUACAGACUCUCCUACAAGUGAUGGUACAACUUUAUUAAGGAAUUAUGUAAAAUAAGGCCGGUCGCGGACCUGUUCAAGAGACAAUUGUGUCGUAUGACAAAUUAUUUCGCGCACAUCUGUUCGACAUUUCGUCGUUAAUAAUUCGAAGGAACGAUAAUAAACGAAAGUAUUGGGUUCAUCUCAAUAAUUAACAUGAAUAUGUUUACAGAAUUUCAUACAUAUUAUUAUAAAGUGCACGGGUGGAGAAAUGAUUGAAGAUCCAGAAAUUUUUCGAUUACUUAUUUUAUAAAAUGCCCCGAGAUACAUUUAAAUUACUUUUUGGCAAAUUUGUUCACCAAAUGAUGGUGUAUUUUUGCAGAAAACAUGCCGUAGACAUGUCGGAAACAAAUGUCGUAUAUAGAUCUGGGACCGGCCUAAGAAAGGCUCUCAUUUUUUUCUUUUCAUUUUUAAUAUUCUAAAAAAAAAA